UUACAACUAAAUCCGAGAGAAAAGAAGAAGAGUUACAGAAAUGAAGCACUUUAGCCAUGAGCAUGAACUAGUCCUGAAUGAGACUUACAUUGCUAAGGAGGGUGAUGUAUGCCGUGGCUGCAACGAUCAAAUAGUCUCCUGCAAAUCAUUUGUUUACACUUGCGGCCGCAGCAGCAGCGGGAGCAGCAGUGCUUAUAAGCCGCGGCAGCAGCUUAUAUCUGAUUAUUUCAAAGGUACUAAUUCCUAUGAUGAAAUUUUUGGAUCAAAAUAUCUUGAAGGUAUUGGCUAUAAUACAUGUCAGGGAUUCUUACUCCACAAGACGUGUGCUGAAUUACCCCGCUUUAUGGACAAGCAGCUCCUCAGAGGCUAUGCCGAAUUCCCUGAAGCCCCUUUUAUCAGAGACACCAACGUCCUUGCUGCCGGUUCCAGGCCCAGAGGACUUAACGACUCCGUCACAUAUAAAGCUCUCCAGGGGAGGUGUAUGUGUGCUGUUUGCGGCAAAAACUGGAAAUGGUUCUCCUAUUGUACUCUGUAUGGCCACAUCUUCUUUGUUUGCCUCAAAUGUGCUAUUUUUCUUUUCCAGUCCGUGGAGGACUCGAAGUUUCACCACCAAGCCCACACUCAACACGAAUUACUAUUCAUCAAGACUCCGUCCUUGUUCAAUUGUUGUGCUUGCAAAGAGGAGGAUGAUUUUAAACACUUGUCUUAUAAAUGCACUGUAUGUCAGUUUUGGAUUCACAAGAGUUGCGGGGAUGCUCCUACUUCUUUCGCAUUUCAUUUCCAUGACAAGCACCCUCUUCACCUCACAUUCUGUCUUCCAAAGAUUUAUCACAGAUUUACGCAGUAUUGCAGACUCUGCUAUGAAACACUGAAUCGAUUGGAUUGGCUUUACUAUUGUCGAAAAUGCAGAUUUUUUGUUCAUUUUCAAUGUGCCGGAUCAUAUCCAAUGCUGAGCUCCACCGAAGAUAGUACAUAUCCCAAUUUGGUGCACCUCCCUGCAACUGAUGAAUCAUCACUAGUUGAGUAUUUUGUCCAGGCGAUGAGUAGGUUGAAUAAUGAUAACAACAUUAGAAACAGAGCCACAACAAAUCGCAUCAAGGAUUGGGCUCACGAGGAACAUCAUCUACAACUUAUAACAAUUUCUGACCUACAUGACCACACAGAUAUUGCUGAAAAGUUAUUGUUAUGUGAUGGUUGUGUCAAACCCAUCGAGACUAAUGGCAAGCCAUUUUACGGCUGUGUAUCUUGUAAAUACUUUCUGCAUAAAGUCUGCGCAGAAUUGCCGAGAGAAAUUAAGCACCACCUCUGGCCCGAAACGCAGUCUGCAAUCAAGUGCAGUGAAGCCGACAGUUUCAAAUGUAACAUUUGUAGAAACAUCUGCAAUGGUAUAAUCUUUGGCAAUCGCGAAGCAGAUACAAAACUUCAUGUAGGAUGUGCCCUGCUACCGAAAGUGAUCAAACACGACGCUCACCGUCACCAACUUACUCACCCUCGUUCUUACUUACCUUUUUUUUAUGAUUGCAGAGCCUGUGGGCAAAGAUAUGAUGCAUCGAAACACGGCUGCAAAAGCUGUGAUUUCUAUGUAUGUGGAGGAUGCAUUAUGAAGCCAAGAACUAUUAAGCACCGCUGGGAUCCUCACCCCCUUCAUUUGAUAUACGAUCCCAGCAUGGUGGGGGAUCAUGAGCACGAUUUCAAUUGCGAGCUCUGCUCUUCAGAUAUAAACGCAAAUUAUUGGUUCUAUCAUUGCAGUAGUUGUGAUCUUUCAUUCCAUAUGACUUGUGCUGAUAACAAUACCUUAACCAAACGGCAAUUCAUUGAGGAACAUCCACACCCUCUUAUCCUCUCUUCUUGCGUUCCGAAAGCUUAUCGUAAUUCGAAUAUAUCAUGCGAAAUCUGCAUCCACCGGUUGGGCGAAUUCGAGUGGAUUUUGUAUUGUACCGAGUGCAGUUAUUUCUGGCAUCUUGACUGUGCUACAACUCCGCGGGAUCAAAAUAUGAGGUUCCUUUCGGUGGGAUUUUCCGGGCUGUGAAGACUUUGAAUGCUCUUGAUAAUAUUAUUGCAUAAUCCUAUCAGAUGGAUUUCCAAAUUUCGCUUUGAAUUUACUGUACAGUUACAUCCCCUGUUUUUUUGUAUUUUUCUUAUUCACAUGACUUCUCUUUGUUACCAGAGCUUGUACAAUGAUCUGAUAUUAAUUAUUAUUUUUCAAAUAUAAUU